AUGAGGACACAGGUCAUGUCAUUGGCCUUGACCUCAGUAGCAGUUGGUUCAAUCAACUCCAACAGCACUCUCUUUUGUCUUGUUCACUUACAAAGGCUUAACCUUGCAGACAAUCACUUUAACUACUCUCAAAUCCCGUCCCAGGUUGGAAAUCUUUCAAAACUCACAUAUCUCAAUCUCUCACAUUCUGCGUUUUUUGGUCAAAUCCCAUUUGAAGUUUCAAAACUUUCCCAAUUGUCAUCUCUGGAUCUAUGUUGCAACUAUGAUUUGUCUUCAGGCAUAUACUUCUUACAAUUCAAACAGUUGAGUCUAACAAGCCUAGUUGGAAACCUAACGCGCAUAGAAAACCUUGAUCUAAGUGGGGUGAAUAUAUUCUCCACGGUGCCUAAUAUCUUUGCAAACUUGUCUAAUUUAAGGUCCCUUUAUCUCCAUGAUUUUGGAAUGCAUGGGCAAUUUCCAAUAGGCAUCUUUAAGCUACCAAAUUUGCGGGUUCUUGACGUGAAGUACAACCAAGAUCUCACUGGUUCUUGGCCUCACUUUCAAUAUUGGAGUAGUCGUUUGGAGGAAAUUGACCUUGGAAGCACCGGUUUCACGGGUGAGCUACCCACUUCUAUGGGAAAUUUCGGCUCCUUGAUUGCUUUGAAUAUUGGGUUUUGCAACUUCUCAGGAUCCAUUCCUUCUUCAAUUGGUAACCUCACAAAUCUUAUUUAUCUUAAGCUUUCAAAUAACAAUUUGGCGGGUAACAUCCCGUCUUCAAUUGGAAAUCUUAUCCAACUUGCUUUUCUAGACCUCUAUGAUAAUCAAUUGUCCGGUCCAUUCACUUUUGGGUUUACAAACUUGACACAACUGGUUGUCCUUAACUUGAGCGGCAAUCGUUUAUCUGGUCCAAUUCCUUUUGGGUUUAUGAACCUCACAAAAUUAUAUGUCUUGGGCCUUUGGGAGAAUGAGUUUGAAGGUCAGUUUACAAUCUCCAUCCUUAAACAAAAUAAUCUUUUAUUUUCUUGA